ACCUCGUCGGCGCUAACAUGGUUCUUCUGGCUAGUUUCAACACAUCCGUGUGUAGAAGAGAAAAUAAUCAAUGAGAUCAACAAGUUGUUUAGGAGUGAGGAAGAUAUGAGCUACGAGAGUUUGAAAAAGCUGAGCUACUUGGAGGCGAGUUUGUUGGAGAGUAUGAGGCUGUAUCCACCGGUGGCAUGGGAUUCCAAGCAUGCAAAAGGGGAUGAUGUUCUUCCGGACGGUACGAUGAUAAGCAAAGGAGAUAGAAUAAUGUACUUUCCUUAUGGAAUGGGGAGAACAGAGGAAAUAUGGGGGAAGGAUUGGAAGGAGUUUCGGCCGGAGAGAUGGGUGGCG